AUGGAGGCUGUCAAGCUGUCAAAGGGCAAGCAUGCCGGUCCCAGCGAGAAGGACGCUGAUCGAGCAAAGGAUUUGGCGCUGGGUGGAGGAGAAGAGAAGCUGCCUUUCACGUUCAACACCCUGUUGUUGGAUAAGGUGAUCUGGCCGUGCCUGGACCCAAAGAACCAGGGCAUCCUGUCGACGGCGGGGAUGGUGCAUUGGGUCUGGAGAAUGCACACAUGGGCGAGAUGCUAUAUUUCCCGGCACGCCGACAAGAUGGCCCAGGUUGAGAACUAUGGUGAAGACCAUACAGUGGCCGACACGGCUGUUGGCAAGGAGCUGCUGAGCAGACUGAGCCGGAAUGGCGAAUGGCGCAAGCUGAAAGAGAGUCUGGCGGACAACGCAAAGAGCUGGUUGUAA